CCACAUCCCGGUUUGUUAUUCCAUCCAUAUAGAAAACCAAAGAGAAAUCGAACAGCAUUUUCUCCUUCCCAGUUAUUACAAUUAGAACAAGCUUUUGAGAAGAAUCAUUAUGUUGUUGGUCAAGAAAGAAAGGGUCUCGCCAGUAAAUUACAACUCAGUGAAACACAGGUUAAAGUAUGGUUUCAAAAUAGAAGAACAAAACAUAAGCGAAUGAAAGCAGAGGAAGAAGGU